CGGAGAAAUCAUGUGGAUUAGUACCCAGGACCUAUCUGACAAGUCUCUGUUCAUGGCUGCCAUCAGUAUUUACGGAACUAAAUUCAGGCUCGCUCACAUUUAGGGACCUUUUUGACCUAGAACUAUCGUAUAGCAAAAGUCUGGUGCGGUAUGGAGCUACACGAGAGAACACAAGAACGAAUAAAUCGCGAUUUUCACAACGAUCGACGUGUUUUUGCGAACGGCGUGUCGAACGGCCAAGGCGGUUUGUCCUUCCAUGAGAGUGGCAGUGACGAAAAUUUGACGCAUAAAAAGGGGCCCAGAGAACACAGCCUCGUUGAUACGUUUGUUUGGACGCUGCUGUUUGUAAUUGUUUUAAUUGUGGAGAACAUAUGUCACUUUAAACUCUUCGAGAACUGCCAAACGGCGAUUGUUUUCCACUGGUUGGAAAGCUGUGUUACUGCAGUGCUCUUCAAAUUUUGGGGAAGUUACAAGCAGAUCUCAAGUUUCAGGAACCAAGCACGCCAUUUUCUUCCUCUUCUUUUUUUACAUCUGGCCGUUGUUACUGUCUAUGGACUGGAUUUUAACAAUUCAGCUUUUGGGCUUUCAGCUGGUUCUGAAUCAUACUUGAUAUCCCUAGCCUUGACACCUCCUAUAUUAUUGUUGGCAUCUUGGUUGAUCGAUAAGCAGAACUAUCCAGGCAAGGUUAUCCUAACUGUGGCAAUGUCAAGUUCACUUCUCAUGGUUCUUUUCUGCUCGUUUGAAGAUGAAUAUGCUCCCUAUAAAAUGUUGUUUCAUCAUGGUGUGCUUGGUCUUAUAAUGAGUGCAUCCUUGGCAUUUUUUAUUGUUUAUGCAAAACGAUAUCUUGCAAAGGCUUCAUGUGUCGAGCUACUCUAUCUAUUAAAUUUCAGCUGUGUUUUCUUUCUCCCAUUCAUUGCCUUACUGCUUGGGGAAUUGCAUAUGCUUGAAGCUGAACUAUUAAAACGAGGAAAUUUGCAGCUGAUCUUCAGCAUAUUAAUUGUGGCUUUCGUACGUUUGGCAAGCCAGGCAGUCUGCCUUUAUCAUCUCAAGUACUCAACUCCACUGUUAAAUGCCACAGUUCGAGGGUUUUCCUGGAUUUGGAUCACAAUAGCUAUCACCUUUAUUACUCCUGGUAUAAUGGCAGAACUUGUGGUGCCAGUCCUAGCUUCGUUUUGGAUUUGUGGCCCAACCUUUCUCCUAACACUGCUUUUUGAAUUUCACUGGAUAUGAACAAAAUUGUGAACAUUUCUAUUAUUCUGUACCUGUUGAAAUAUUCAGUUACAGAAUGAAGUAUGCAUUGUAUUAUUCAUUGGCAUACAUGAAGUUUGGUUUCAGUUUUUGUUUGAAUGACUUUAGAGUCUGAGGAAGCUGUUUCAAGUUCUUAAGUAAAUCAUUCAAAAUAGCUGUACCAGAAAAAUGGAAAAUUUGUGUCAUAAUUCAAAUAGUUCUAAGAACAAAGAGUUGCCCUUUGUGACAAUUAAGAAACUAGCUUAGGAAUAUUUCUUAUUUUUUUUCCUGUGCUUUGACUUGUGUUUUUAUUUGUUUAAGGAAUAGCUGCAAGUCAGUCAGUAGUCAAGUCAAUUUUUGCUUUCAGUCAUUUCUGUUCAUAAACUGUAUAAAACAUACAUUAAAAGGAAAGCAAGUAAAGCAAGUAUGGCAUACGUGAAGUGGGUGGGGGGAUAGGAGACCGGUGAAAGAGCAAAUUUUUGCAUUUUCUUCUGGAAAAAAGGCUUUACAGUGACGUAAAUAUUUUAAAUAUUUAAAUAUUAAGUUAACAAAACAUGAUGGAAUAUUAUGUAGAGUUUAAACACAAAUGCAAUUCAUGUAUUUAGAUAGAUAUUACUAGUAAGAGUAUGAAAGAAUAAAGUAGUACAUGUGCUUUAAUUGUGUUUUAGAUUUUAAUUAUAUUUCAUUUCGAAGAAUUUCCCAGUGCAUGUAUUCGUUAUUACUUGUCAUGGGCCACUUUGAAGUAAAGUGUUCAUUGAAAAUGUUAGUUGAGAAA